CACAGACCACAGAGAGAGAAAACCUGAAUCUGCAGCUGUAAGACAAAGAGGUAGUAAAAACAGCCUCUGUCUGAGGGUACAGACAGUUUCCACAGAGUGACCAUGGCUGAGUACAAGCUAGAGGUGACAACAGGUGACAUGCAAUAUGCAGGAACAUGGGACAACAUAUAUGUCACCUUAAUUGGAGCUGAAGGGCAGAGUGAGAGAACUAAGUUGGACAACUUUGGCACUGACUUUUCAACUGGGACAACAGGCAUCUACACCGUAAAAACCAGUUCAUCUCUGGGGAAACUUCUGCUGGUCAAGAUGGAGAAAGACCCUUUUUUGAUUCUCCCAGAAGAUGAGUGGUACUUCUCCAAAGUAGUGGUGACGACUCCAGAAGGAGAAGCCAUUCUUUUCCCCUGUUACAGAUGGAUCUCCAGAGGAGAACUGGUGGAGCUGAGGGGAGGGAAAGCCAUGAAGGGUUGUGAGGAGGACCAUCCCCUGUUGAUUGACCACCGGAAAAAAGAGCUGAUACAUAAAAAGAGCUUGUACCAAUGGAAGAUUUUGGAUGAAAGACUACCCCACGUGAUCCAUUUUGAUGAUCCGUCUGAGCUCCCAGCAAAUGAAAUCGGCUACUCUAAAUCCAAAUCAACUGAACUAUAUAAUACGAAAUUAAUGAUCGGUCUUGAACUGAAGUUGAAGGGGAUGGUUGGAUCUAAUGAAAAAUGGAAAAACUUUGAAGACAUGAAAAAAAUCCUCUGGCGCAAAAAGACGACAAUGUCAGAGUACGUUGCAGAGCACUGGAAUGAAGACGACUUUUAUGGAUCCCAGUUUCUGAACGGAGUCAACCCCAAUGUGAUCAAGCGCUGCUCAGAGCUUCCCCCAAACUUUCCAGUCACAGAGGAGAUGGUGAAGCCAUUCCUGGCAGAGGGAACCUCUCUGCAGAAGGAAAUGGAGAAAGGCAACAUAUUCCUCUAUGACCAGAAGAAGAUGGAUGGAAUACCCCCGAGAGCCAAGAAUGGUGAACCUCUGCAUGUGACACCUGGUCUCUGUUUGUUGUACUUAAACCAAGAAGACAAACUGAUGCCAAUAGCAAUACAGUUACAACAGCAACCCUCUGAGCAGAACCCCAUCUUUCUGCCCAGUGACCCAGAGACUGACUGGCUGCUGGCCAAGAUGUUCAUCAAAAAUGCAGAUGUGAUGGAUCAAGUAGCAGUCCAGCACCUCAUGAACACUCACUUUCUGGCAGAGGUCUUUACUGUUGCCACUCUCCGCAGUUUUUCUGUGAUUCAUCCCCUCUACAAGCUGCUGUUCCCACACUUCCGGUUCACUCUGUCCGCAGGCAUUUCAAGUCGCAAAACUGUUUUGUCACCAGAGGGGAUUUUAAAUAUUAGUUCACUUGGCUAUGACGGACUGCAGGAGCUCAUGAGAAGGGCUCACUCUGAAACAACCUACAGCUCCCUCUGUCUGCCAGAGAACAUCACUGCACGAGGACUGGAGUCCAUACCCAACUUCUACUACAGAGAUGAUGGCCUGAAGCUGUGGAACAUCAUCAACAGCUUUGUGAAGGCAGUAGUGGAGUACUAUUAUCCCUCAGACAGUGAGGUGCUGAAAGACACUGAGCUGCAGGAAUGGAUCAGUGAGAUAUUCACACAUGGCUUCUUAGGAAACAAAGCUUCAGGGUUUCCAGCAGAGUGUCAGACUGUCGCCGAAGUGAUCAAGUUCAUCACCAUGGUGAUCUUCACAGUGACAGCUCAACAUGCUGCAGUAAACAAUGGGCAGUUUGACUACCACUCCUGGGUGCCCAACGGCGUACUACUGCUGAGCAAACCUCCUCCAACCACUAAGGGGCAGUCAAGCAUGAAUACAAUUUUGGAGACCCUCCCAGAUGUUGGUCACACAGUGAAAUCUGUAGCACUGGCUUGGGCCCUUACAAGGGCGUAUACUGAUGUGGUUACCUUAGGUUCAUACCCGGAGGAACGAUUCAAUGAGCCUGCCCCUAAGCAGAUGAUUGAGAAAUUUCAAGCAGAGUUGUCCCACCUCAGUGAAGCAAUUACAUCAAGAAACUCCCAGCUUGAAGUACCCUACACGUAUCUGAACCCUGCUCAGAUAGAGAACAGUGUAACUAUUUAAGAAACUGUCAGGAAGAUAUUAUGGAUGACACAAUAAGUGUCCAUGCAUUUCUAGAAACCUGUCUUGCUUGCUGGGAGGUGUUAUACUUUGCAUAUGGUAUAUACAAUAAGUGAGAUGUUGCAUGCUGGGACAAGAGAACUAUGUUUUUAUUGUGUCAAGAUGAAUGACUGUAAUAAUGUUCCUGCUGGUACAGUGAAAGAGAACAAGACUAAGGGGAGGAAGGGAAUAACAACUGUUAUUUUAGAGGAAAGGGGAAUUACAUUAUACUUUUUUGUAAAUGCUGGGUAUCUACUGGGUACAGCUCUGGGAAACAAAACUGAACAUACAAAGUGAUUGUGGUAAAACAUAUCUCACAGUUACAAUACCAAAACUGCAGGGGUAUAAUAAGCUCAUGAAAAGGGCUUUCGCAGUUAAUGAGGAACAUACCAAAACUAGACACCAUCUUGUGUCACUACUGCUGCAAUACAGCAAUCCGCGACCGUAAGCGAUUGCUGGCCAUGGGUGGAAAGUGGGUGGGGGGCUAAUGCUACUUUCCUUACUUAACCCUUGCUUGGACCACAUCCAUCUUCAAACUCAGCCUUCAUAAAGAGGGGAAUCUAAUACCCACUUCAACAGUUCUUACCCCCCUACCUCCGGCCCUUUUGCUUAGACCACACCCACACCGCAAGUGUGUUUUCUUUUCUAGGUUUGUGUGUUCAGAUCCAAUGUAGCACACCUAACCCCCUCCGCUGCAUUGGCCCAGAUCUGUUUACAGCUACCCACAUGUUCCGCCCCAUCUUUACCUAAUCAGCACCUCUCUUGUGGUGGUGGUGAUUUCUGAUCCUGCCAAAUAGUUUGAUGUUAUAUACUCCUGUGAGUCAGUGUUUACCAGUCAGUCACAGUGGUUUACAUAUGAUUAUCUGCAAGUCUGUUGAUUAAGAUUGUCUGCCUUGUUUUGCUGUUGUUGUUUUUUUUAACUCUGGGAUUCUGUACUUUUGGCUUGCAUAAUCUGCACUGUCUAUUGGACUUCCACAGUGGCUUAUUAAAAGAGUUCUUUAAUUCUA